AGAAUGGCAAGAGAUGAAGCUUGACAGGUCAUAGAGUACAAACAAGUUUGGACUUUAUCCUUUAGCCGAUGGGGAGACACUGGAAUGUUUUAUGUAGAGUAGUGACUUGAUCAGAUUAAUGUGUUGAAAGAUAACCUUAGCAACAGUGUGGAGAAUGAAUUGGAGGAGGCAAGAUUGGAAGUAAGACCUGCUAAAAAGUCGUUGCUGUAGUCCAAGGGAGAGAGGAUGACAAAGCCCUGAACUGGGGAAGUAGCAGUGGAAAUGGAGAGAAGAGUGCCAUGGAUUUGAGGUCUUCUAGAUGCCUUCUUGAGCCUGCUUGUGGCCACCCACAGACACUUGUAAGGAGGAGAGAAGUCGGGCUGGCAGAGACACUCUGAAAUGAGGGAUUAGAGGCCGGGAUCCAAGGAGCAAAAGCUGCAGCCAGAAGACGAGGGAGCAGGCCCUAAGACGCUUCUAUUGAGAGGUCUGCCAUGGCCUCUCUUGGCCUCCAACUUGUAGGCUACAUCCUGGGCCUUUUGGGGCUAUUGGGCACCCUCAUUGCCAUGCUGCUCCCCAACUGGCGAACAAGUUCUUAUGUAGGUGCCAGCAUUGUGACAGCAGUCGGCUUCUCCAAGGGCCUCUGGAUGGAGUGUGCCACACAAAGCACAGGCAUCACCCAGUGUGACAUCUACAACACCAUUCUAGGCCUGCCUGCUGACAUCCAGGCUGCCCAGGCCAUGAUGGUGACAUCCAGUGUAAUCUCCUCGUUGGCCUGCAUUAUCUCUGUGGUGGGCAUGAGAUGCACAGUCUUCUGCCAGGACUCACGAGCCAAAGACAGAGUGGCGGUAGUGGGCGGAGUCUGCUUCAUCCUUGGAGGCCUCCUAGGCUUCAUCCCUAUUGCCUGGAAUCUUCACGGGAUCCUGCGGGACUUCUACUCCCCACUGAGAAAUCGCUCCAACUACUACGAUGCCUACCAGGCCCAGCCCCUUGCCACUAGGAGCUCUCCAAGGCCUGGUGAACCAUCCAAAGUCAAGAGUGAGUUUAACUCCUACAGCCUGACAGGGUAUGUGUGAAGAACCAGGGGCAGAGCUGGGGGGUGGCUGGGUCUGUGAAAACCAGUGGAAAGCCCCCCCAGGGCCUCAGAUGAGGGACAUUGCCACUGGAUCAUGUUAGAACCUUCUGCUGAGGAUAGACUGAUUUUGGCCCCUGGAUCAAGCAAAGGCAGAAACGGGAGCUGGUGUGACAGCGUGCAGGUUGAAUUGUCAAGAUGCUUGCCAAGCCAGGCUUUCUGUUUCCUUCACCUUGGCCUCCCCACCCUCUACCCUGAGUCCCAACCCUCAACUUUAAACCCACCCUAGGCCAGGCCCUAGAGGCUCCCCUUUGCCCUUUGGUUUACCUGGGAAUCUAUCCAAAAACCCACUAAUUACAUCCCACUGACUGACUGUCAGUGUGAUCAAAGACCCUCCCUCUGGUGGAGGUUGGCCCUUAGUUCAUUGCUGGGGGAUGGGAGGAAGGAGUGGUGGCUUUUAUGGGCAUGGCUCUAACCUCCCUCUCAAGCCUCCCUCCAAAGAAACUGAUUGGCCAGUAAUAAGCCGUGGAGCCUCCAUUCCACUCUUGUUAUGACUCCACAGUGUCCAGACUGGUUUGUGCAUGAACUGAAGUAAAGCCAUGGUACCGAGGGAACAGAGAGCAACUGGGUGCAGGAUGAGAGGGAGGGAAGGCAGCCAAGGACCAAAAAAAGACCAGAAUGACUGCCCAAUGCAUUUCCCAUAAUUCCUCACACUUGUGGGUUGCGGAUCUAGCCCCCGGCUAGAGGAAAACACCAGGAAAGAAGAUAUGGUGGAAAGCUCAAGGCGGCAGCAGACUGAUUCCACUGAGGAACUGCCUCAGAAGCUGCAGCCCCAACUUUUGCUGAAGCCCCUGCCUACCUCUGACCUGGCCUCCUGCUAAAUAACAAGGUGAAGGGCCCUACACAAUGGUUUCCUUAGGAAAGGGAAACUAGUUUUUCUAGAGAUGGCCCUUGACUGAGGGAUGACAAUGUGGGAGCUGUGGGGGAUUGAGGAAAGUACCACUCCUUGAUGCUGCCUGACAAAGAACAAGAACUUUGGUGUUCAAGAAGCUGGGUAGACAUGUGCGGUGGCUCCAGUGGGUGUUUCUAUUGGCCAGAGAGAGGCAGCCCGCCGGAGAGUCUUCAGGACUAAUGGAAAAUCAGCUCAAAGGCUGAGAUCAGGCUUCUGGGAUCUACCCACAGACCCCUACAGAGCCUCUGAAAGACAGCAGCAUCACUUGGGCCCCCGUCACCCUUCAUAUUUCCCCUACCAUCCUUCACCAGACAUUCCAGAGUUGCCAGAAGGCAUCCAAGGGCUCCAGCAUGGAACAAUCAUGCCCAUAGUGCCAUGGCCCUGAUCUGAGUGAUAGCUGAGCUGCUGCCUGGGAUUUCAGUUGAGGUGGGAGAGUAGAGAAUGGUUCCCAGGCAGCUCCAAGGUCUGAAAAUGCUCCAUUUCCCCUGGGGUGGGGGUGAGGAUGGGAGUCAUAAACAAACCAAAGGCAUUUUCUCUCACCAGCCUAAGCAUGACCAGCUUCUGAGAAACUCCAGUACACCUCCCUAAACCUCAGUGCCAACAGAAGGGGCCCAUUCAUUGUCUUUAACGUGCCUUUCAUGUUUCCACCUGCUUGCCUAUGUUUAAGCUGUUCUCCCAAGCUGGAAGGCCCUCUCCCCUUAGCCAAGUCUCCCUCAUGCUUGGAGAACUUGCUCAGCACCACCUCCUGCAUUGAGCCUCCUCUGACCACUCCAUCCCUCUCCCACCCCUCCCUCCUCCAAUCUUCAAUGUAAAAAUUGCUUCUUUGAUGCUUAUCAUUCAGAAUUUUUAAUGGAUAGUUUAUCUUUUCAUGUGUGUGUAUCUGAUUUCACAAGUACGUUGUAAACUUUUGGAGGGUAGGGGUCAUUUUUUAGACCUCUCUGUAUCCUCAAGACUAUCUGUAAGAGUGCUGGGCACACAG